CCCCUUGCUAAGCCCCGUUCACACUCCACACCCCAUCCAACCCCCACCACCAUGUCUCCCAAGAAGGACGCCGGCCUCUCGCCGCCGGUGGCGGCGCCGCCGCCGCUGUCGCUCGCCGGCGUGCCCGUGCUGACGGGGAGCCUACGCCCCGCGGAGUGCGCCGACCUGCUCGGCCUGGUCGCCGGCGUGAAGCGCCCGCUCGAGGACGUCGUGGCGGACUUCCUCGCCCGCAUCCAGCCCGAGCGCCGCCUCCGCUUCGGCGCCGCCAUAAACUUCGUCCUCAAGGACAAGAUGAUGCUUCGACCAGCUGAGCGUUUAGUUGCAUUCACAAUUCUUCAUCAAGGUUAUUCCUCACAGUUGGAAAAUCCCUUUGUUCCUCUAAUAAUACAUGCUGCUUGUGAUGAAACCUCUGAUAAACCAGAACAGUUGUUUCUCCAACUUCUGUUAAAUUCAACUAAUGGGGACAACGAUAGGGAGAUUCUGAAGCAUUCUGCUGCAGAUUACUUGGAGGAAUCUGCUUAUGCAUCUCAGGUCUUGCUCACCAGAGAGCAGCUUGAAAGACAAUAUACCUGCAAUGAGGUGCAACCCCAGCCUAGCACUGGUAGUUUCAGAGAAGCUACUGUUAGAAGUGUUAUUCCUGAUCCAGAUAUUUCUCAAAGCUGCACUGAUUCAUCAGAGAUAUCAAUAACCAAAUCAAAUAGAGAUAAUUUGGUCACUUGUUUACUUCAACAAACAUCACUUGAUGGAAUUGGUCCUCAGUGGAUACGGCCUCCUCCUCCAAGACUUGAAAUACUUGAUGGAGAGUUGCAGUGGCUGAACCUAGACAACAACCACGAGCUAUUGUGGGACAGUAGUAUGUGUGCUGAUACUAGUCGAGGUGCUGCGAUCCGAGAUUUAGUUGGAAAAGCUUGUAAAGGACCACUUUCACCUGCCCAACAGGAGCAAGUUCUGGUGGAAUUGGCAAAGGACUGGAAGCUAGUUUAUCAUUGUGGGAUGACACCACAGAAGCUCCCUGACCUUGUGGAACAUAAUCCACUCGUUGCUGUUGAAGUCCUUUCAAAGUUAAUCAACUCGCCUGACAUGGAUGCUUACUUUGAUAUUCUUGUGCACAUGGAAAUGAGCCUACAUUCAAUGGAAGUUGUAAACAGGCUCACUACAGCAGUAGAUCUACCACCAGGAUUCAUUCAUGACUACAUCUCAAACUGUAUUCGAUCAUGUCAAAACAUUAAGGAUAAAUACAUGCAAAACAGGCUAGUAAGGCUAGUAUGUGUUUUCCUACAGAGUCUCAUUCGAAACAAGAUAAUAAAUGUGCAAGAUCUCUUCAUCGAGGUACAGGCGUUCUGCAUUGCGUUUUCCCGAAUAAGAGAAGCGGCUGGUUUGUUCAGGCUUUUAAAAUCGUUAGAGUGAAGAAGGAUGUAUGGUUUAAACAAAAAUUUUCCAUGGUGUACAUCCAUAGUUUUUCAUGUUGUACUUUACCGCUAGAUCUUGAUAGCUGUCGACUUCAUAGAAUAUAGCUCUGUCAUGUACUAGUUGUCAUCAUUGAACUUUACCCCUCAUCUCAAAAAGAAAAAAAUAACCCAAAAAAGAUUUCAGGAUCCGUUCGUUCUCUGCAGUACCAUACUACCAUCUGGUUUUUUAAGCAUGAGUUGUUAUGAUCAA